AUGGGAGUCUUUGCAGUCUUCAAGACUUUCAUUUUGAUCCUCAACUCGCCCGAUGUAUCCAAGUCUCCUCGCUUACAAACGGGGGUCAUCUCUGAUCAUGAACCGCUGUCCCAACACUUUGCUCAACUGACAAUGAGAACAUCCAGCGGAUGUUCUCAUUAUGCCAAGAAGGUCGCAGUGAAGAUUGCUGAUGAUAGGCUUUGUGAACAAAUCAAGAAGUUUUUCGAAGCGCCUCGAGAGAUCCAGGAACUUUGCGAAGAGGAUGCCAAAAGUGAAAAUGUCAAUCUGAUGGCGGUCAUCUUGAGAUCCCCCAAGGGCCCUAAGCUCGACAAGGCAGCCUACCAACGUAUCCAACAAGCCUCUCAAGCCUAUGAACGAUACAAGACCUACCGUGACGGACUGGAUGACCCAGCGUUGGAUGAAGAGCUGGUCAAGCAGAUUUGGCUCAGCCACCGCCACCAUUAG